UUACAAAUUAAUAUGGAUUAUAAAUAUAAGCUAAUGUUUCAAAAAUGCAUAUACUUUAAUACUUGGAUGUACAUUGUUUGGUUAUGUACAGCUGGUUUCUUCAUUUGUAUUAAGUUACAGAAAAAUGACUAUGACCAGCUUGUGAAGUAUUUAUCUAUAACAUUAUUUUUUAUGUUCACAAUUAUAGAAUGUCUGAGACUCUAUCUUGGACAGAGUGGAAAUUUAUUAAGUCAAGUUCCAGAGAUGGCUGGUUUCUUAAUGUUGAGUGUGUUUAUGCAAAUGCCACUUAUUACCUAUUUUUUAUUCAACCCAUACCUAAUGAACACACCAAUUGAAGUCACACUUCAUGCAGUUAUGUGGGCAAUUAUAUUUUUAGAAAUUUUGUUAGGCUAUUGGGUAUUGAAACAAGCAUCCACUAUUGCCAAAGAUUUAUAUUUUGGUUUGAGAACCAAAAAUGGAUAAACAGGAUAUGACAUCACUCAGAUUUGAUAUUGGUUUACCUUUUUAAAACUGUAGGCCGGAAGCCUAAAGUAAUUCAGAAGACCAGGAGGGGAAAAAGCACAUAUGAAAGAACCCGAUGAAAUAUAUGAAAGAACCUGAUGUAAAAGAGUAUGUCUGCCAGUGGCGAAGAGUCCAUACAAGCCGAUUCCCACCGGGUUACCUUUCAAAAAUCAGUUCCAUAUUCAUACAAAAGUAUUUACAUUCUAUUUCAUUAACAAAGUAUUAUUAAUUAAAUGCCUGCGCGAUUUACAAUAGCAAUAGUAAUUCUUAGCAAUACCCUAAGUAUCACAUUUCAUUUUAUAGUCGUAAAUUAAUCAGCGCGUCAAUUUUUCGUACCUAAAUUACAUUAAAGGUAACUCGACGAAUUACAGCUUAUCUCGGCCAACGUUUUACUAUGAGGCGAAAAGAGACAGAGCGUGUCAAACCAUCUCUUUCUAAUGCUCGCUAACUGUACGUAAAAUUUAAAGAAAGAUAAGGCUGAUCGCGACCGGCUUGCAGUUCUCUCCUCUCCUCUAUUAGAAAGAGACAAAGAAAUUAUUGUUAUUGAACCACGGCACGGGAGAAAGAAAACACGACAAAAUUAAAAAGAAUUACCGUUAUAAUGAAAUCCUUCGCAAGUCAUAUUCUUUUUAUUUUGGCAUAUUUUCGCGUUCCAUUUCGUUUGGUUGAAAAUAGAUUAUUUUUAGUAUGUGACAUGUGUUCCUAUACCACUGGUGCGUGAUAAUUUCGUUUGUUAUAUUUUAAUAUUUGUGUUAUUUAAACUGUGACUGAUUCUGUAAGGUAAUUUAAUUGCAGAUUUGGUUAAAUACUGUGGAUUUUGUUUGUUAUUAUGGCUUUAAUUCAUAUAGAGUGCUGUUCAACAUUUUUUUGGACCGGCUUCCCUUUGCCAAAAUUUCACCCUUCGCCAGUGAUGUCUGCACAGAUUAAUGUGGGUUGUCUAUAAAAAGAAGUUUCAGUUUUGUUCUGUAGUUUGAUAAUUAGUAUCAAUUAAAUGAUAGUCUAGUAAAAAAAUAUAUGUAUCACUCUUUUCUAAUUAUUUUAAAAUACAAAUGACAAUAUAAUGCAUAUUUAUUUUUGGUAUGAACUUAAACAAAUAUAUAUUCUUAAUGUACAACCAAUGCCAAAUAUCUACAUUUAUAUAACCAACCUUUAAUAUAUUAUAAAGUGUAUAUUCAUAGUUUGAAGAGAUAA